AUGGUACGGUCCCUCACACUGCUCGCUCUACUGGCUCUCACCGUUGCCUUCGGGCGCGAAACUGAGCUGGUGUCCCGUGUCAGCUUCACAGGGUUCGGUCAGCUGGUUCUGGAGAUUCUCAACCCUAACGGAACUGUGAAGGAAUGUGAAGUUUACGCCGACAGUGACACAAUACAAGAAAUAUUGUCAGAAGUGCCAGAGGAAAGCAAGUUCCUGGUGAGCACAGCCGAACUGAGAGCGAAGAUAUCGGGAUGUAUUAAUUUAAAUACGCAUACAGUUGGGACCCAAUCAAACUGGCGGAGAAAGAGGAGCGUGCUGAAGGGAAUCUAUCCAGGAACCCUCUGGUGUGGGAAGGGGAACAUGGCCAUGGGGGACUCAGAAGCCGUUGGGUCAUUGGUGGAAGAGGAUACGUGCUGCGGAAUCACGACCAGUGCCUUCCUAAAAUACAGGGCCGGGGAGACGAAAUACGGACUGACCAACGACGGCUCCUACACGGGCGUUAGUAUUGUUUGCAUAAUUUGGUCGGGUGCAAGGGCAUGA